ACAAACAAACAAAGAAAUCUCCAUGUGUGUGUGUGCAUACAGCCAUACAUACAUAUUACCCGCGAUACGCGUCUUUUCUUUAAGGCUUCCUUUACCUCCUUCUGACGACUCUCCUUCGUUUCCUUUCAUACGAUCUCUUAAUUCUACACAACUUUCUAGCCCUCCUCUCCGUUUUUGGGAUUCCUCUGUGUUUGCUAUGCUCUGUUUAUUUUCUUGAUGGGUGCUAAUCUUUCUUUAACCUUUACAGACCCCAACGCCUGUUCCCUUGUUGGGUCUCUAUGCUUACAAAUAUCAUCGCCACCAGCAACAAAGCCUAGUCUUGGAGAUUUACCAGAGGGUUGUGUGGCUUUAAUUCUUGAAUAUUUAAACCCGCAAGAGAUUUGUAAAUUGGCUAGAUUAAACAGAGCAUUUCGUGGUGCUUCUUGGGCUGAUUUUGUUUGGGAGUCAAAACUGCCUGUGAAUUAUGAAGAUUUGAUUGGAAGAGUUUUGGGUGAUGAUUUGAAAGAUAAGUUGUGUAAAAGAGAGAUUUAUACUAGGCUUUGUAGAGCCAACGCUUUUGAUGAUGGCACCAAGAAAGCAUGGCUAGAUAAGAGAACAAGAGGUGUCUGCUUAUCCAUUGCUUCCAAGGGGUUAGCGAUAACAGGAAUCGAUGAUCGAAGAUAUUGGAAUCAUAUUCCAACAGAGGAAUCUAGGUUCAACUCAGUUGCAUAUCUUCAGCAAAUCUGGUGGUUCGAGGUUGAUGGGCAAUUUGAGUUCCCAUUCCCAGCUGGGACCUAUAGCCUAUUCUUCAGACUACAAUUGGGGAGGGCUGCUAAGAGGUUUGGCCGCCGCAUCUGUAACACUGAGCAUGUCCAUGGUUGGGAAAUAAAACCUGUGCAGUUUCAGAUAUGGACUUCAGAUGGUCAGCAUGCCUCUUCCCAGUGUUUUUUGAACGAUCCUGGGAAAUGGAACCUCUACCAUGCUGGGGAUUUUGUGGUUGAUGGCUCCAAUGCAUCAACAAAGCUCAAGUUCUCUAUGACACAGAUAGACUGUACACACACCAAAGGUGGUCUGUGUUUGGACUCUGUUUUAGUAUAUCCAUGUAAAUUGAGAGAAGGGUUGAAGCAUUUUUAAGCUGCAUUUAACCUUUUAGAGUAGAGAGGAUGUUCUGCCCUUGUGGUGAGCUAGGACACAUCUUUGAGAUGAAGCGGAAUCUAGUAUAUUAUUAGUUGGUUGGUUCUUCAGCCCUUGUAUCGAUUGUUCCCAAGCCAAUGUAUAUAUUGUCAUUGGUUUAGCUAGUUGAUAAAGUGUGUAUUUCUUCUUCUUUUCUUUCCUCGAGGAAAUGAUCACUGCUCUUUUUGUUGUUGUAAAAA